AUGCAGGUCUUGGAGCUCGAGCCCACUCACAGCAAGGCCUUGUGGCUUCUGGGUGACAUCCUGAAGACUUCUCAGGAUUUUGAAGGUGCUAUCCAGCAGCUUCAGACGCUUGUAAGGAUUGCGUUUAACGACCAACGGACUCAGCCAAACAGCCCUGACGGCCACAUUUCUCUGGCCCAGUGCUAUGAGGCAACCAAGCAGUACGGCAAGGCAGCGCAGAUCUACAAGCACAUCCUAGAAUCCCUGUGUCCAGGACGCACAGAUGUGCAUUUCGCAUUGGGCAAGGACUACUUCUUCCUGAAGCAGUAUCGACAAGCCGUAAUCGAGUUUGACCGGGAUCACGAACGGGCUAUCUCGCUUGCCGAGUCGGCUGCGCAUUCUCACCCGCAUCCGGAAGUGAUGCAUUUUCUCGGGGAGGAGUAUGCACGUGUUGGGGAGCAGCAAAAGGCAGCUCAGUGCUUUUCGCGCGGAUUGGAGCUGGAGCCGAACCACCUGCCUUCCCUGAUGGAGUUGGGCCAGCUAGCGUAUCGACAGGCCAAUUGGCAUGAAGCGGAGCGUCUGUUCACCAGAAUCUGCGAGGUGGACAGGACAGACUUGGAUGCCAUUCGAUGGCUUGCACUGGUCAAGUACAAACUGCGAAAAGACGAAUCGUGCAGGCAGUGCUGUGAAGGCCUGCUGCGUGUUGAGCUGCAGCUUCAAGCCGGGUCAGCAGAUGAGCGCUGGCUCACGAGUUUGCGACUGCCAAGCGAUGUGUCAAUGGCAGACGUCUGCCAAAGCAUCGCCAAAGGUUAUCUGGUGCGCAAGCAGGUUGUCGAGGCCAACAAUUGGCUGAAACAGGCUCAAAAUUUCGCUCCGAGCGCCGCCGGGCUAAAAGAGGCCCAGCUGCUUCUGGCGCAGAAGGGGGCCACAGUCAACCCACAGGAGCACAGACUCUGGAGUCUCACAGCUCACAUGGUAGAAAUGGAUGCAGGAUGUCAUGGACCUGUCUCUCUCGUGAAACAAGGAGGCUUUCUGUGGAAGGCAUGGGUGGCGUGCCACUACGAGCGCAGGCUCAAGCGCCAGGAUUACCUGAGCACGGAUGUGACAAGCACCUGUGAUUUUUUGCUCGAGAACCUGAGUGUGGUUCCGCUCAGGUGCCUAGGUCAUCUCAUGCUGGGCAUCUUGAGGAUCUUGCUAAGACAGGCGGAAGACCUCGAGAGCAAAGCCGACGAGGUACGGACGUCGCUUCAAACCAGCAUCUCUGCCGGUUCAGGCUUGCCGACUGUCCCCACGUUGGCUGCUUCAGCCGUGACUUUGCGGAACCUGGAGAAGGUGCAGUCUGUGGACUUUGGGGCUGCUGGGCUCGAUGUGCUCAUGGAAGAGCUGCCGGAGAUGGAGGUGGAGGCGAGUUUGGAAGAGGGCCGGCGGCAUGUGGCUCCUCUGGAUCUCAUCACACUCAGUCCGGAGCCUACAUCAUCCGCGAAACGGAAGGAGGUCGAUGCCGGUGAUGAUGAUUUUGGGGCGCCAAGUGCGGAAGAUCUAGCAUCGCUGGCUGCCAUGGGGCAAGCCGCACUGGCUCAGAUCCAAGCAGAGGCUAGCUCACCACAACGUGAUCCCCAGACGUCUACAGGGCAGAAAGAGGCUCUCGAGGGAUCUGCCGGGCGAGAAAGCUUACCGCCGGUUGACUUCUUGCUGGGAGCGGCCUCUUCACCAAGUCAGUCUUCACCUGCGAGGGACAUGCUGAUGCAAGCAGAGGGUGAGGAAGACUUGGCGGCUGCCGCGGAAGCUGCGGCGCUCGAAGCUGAAGCCUUUGCAGCAGAAGCGGAACAAGCUGCACAAGACGCAGAAGCUGCGGCCCGCUGUCUCCAGGAAGUGAGCGAGCUGCCUGUCGAUUUUCUCUUGAAGGACGCAGAAGCUGAGGAUGCUUGCAUGCAGCCUCUAUUGCUUCCAAACACCGAGGUCGAUGAAUGCCUGGAGCUGCUGCCCAGGGAGGAAGAGGCACUGGAGAUUCAGGAGGCGCAGCCAAGACAAAAAAGGAGGCGAAAAAGGGUUUGGCUCGACGAGAAGGCCACUGUCAUCCCAGAGAAGAAGUACCGGGAGCCCAGAAAGAUAACGCACGAGAGCCCUUAUGAGUUUGGCCUGCUGCUGCCUCAUAAGAGUCCCACCGUGGGCCUGACCACAUUUUUUGCAGACUUGGGCCCACUGCUCUGUGCUCCGUUGCGACGUGCGGCCGACAUCGGAGCAAGGCAGAGGCGUGCCAAGGCCGAGGACUCGACCUUGCCUUCACCGCCCAGAGCGCCUUUGGCUUCGCUGGCGGCGCCAAGCUUGCCAGCCGCACUUCAAGAGGAGGCACCGCUGCUAGAAGGAGAAGUCCCGAUGGGUCAGGCUGUGGCGGUUGAGGCAAUCAGCAUGGACAUCGACCCUGGAACGCCCAAACCACCGAGUCCGGAUCUGGCAGCAUUGCUGCCGGAAGCUCUGCAAGUCACUCCACCUCCAGUGGCAUCCGAGGCAGGUGCUGCGUCUCCAGUGGCAGAGCAGCUUGCUGUGGAUGUACCCGGCAGCCCCAAGGACCUGCCGGCAAAUGCCAGUCCUGGACCAGAGGCGGCCCGAGAGUCCGUCGAGACUGCACCUGAGCAACCAAGCCCUGUGCUGCAGAUGCCAGAGGUGCCGACUACCGAGCCAAUCAACAAUUUCGUCGACGAAGAGGUCGCAAGCUUGCCACCGGCAAAGCGACAAGCCCAGCAGAACGGUGGUGGGGAUCUCGUUGCCAUCAAGGUGCGGCAGGAGUUCGAUGAGGUCAAGACAGAGGAGGAUGUCGAGGUAGACUUUGACAAGGUCUCUGCUAAGCAGGGCAGGGAGCUUCGAACAUCACUUCUGGAGGAUUCCACGCUGUCCUUUCUCGACCUUUGCGAUUUGGACCAUUGCAAUGCAGAGGCUGCCGCAUGCCGCUUUGUUGAUCUCCUGUCCUUGCACAUGACCGGCGCAGUGUCACUGAAGCAGGACAAGCCAUAUGAAGACAUCGCGGUUGUCAGAGGAACAUCCUGGGAGGCAUGUGCCGUCGCCUUUGAAGGCAUUAUCACUCGUGCUGGUCUCUGCAUCCGGGCCACGAUGGGCGUUUUUGAAGUGCUGAGGCGUGAGUCGCUCCUUGAGCCAGCUGGGGGCUGCGAGGACUUCUGCUUCAAUGUGAUCCAGGCAGUCCAGGCAAUUGUUUCCAACUCGACUCCCUGUCAUGACCAACUGGCCUUCCUCCACGGACCCGACUUUGUUUGGAAGGUGGAGGUAGACCCCGUGUUCUAUGCAGAGCCGGUGGAGAGCAUCAAGAACCAGCAGAUGAGCAUCUGUUUGACUCUCAAUGAUGGCACUGGCAGAAUUAGCUGCAACAUGUAUUCCGACAGCGAUUCUGCAUCAGGUCCCGAGUUUCAGGAUGGAGACUACAUCCGUGUCUUCGGCCAUCUCAGACAGUGGGACCAGCAGGAGGGCAUUACGGCGCACCGCAUUGUCAAAGUCGAGUCCGCCAACGAAAUUGCCCACCACACCAUCGAGGUCGCCCAUGUUCACUUGAGCAUGGUCGGAAAGUUGGUAAAGUCUGGAGUGGCUUCAGGACAGGCCAACCGCAGCUCGCCCAUGUCUUCGAUGCCAGCAUCGAUGCAGCCGCCGAUGAAUGCGCAACAGGUCGGUGGAGCUGCGAACAGGUAUGCGCAGGGUGCUGGCACACAGCAGUUCUCUUCAGCACAGACGCCACAGCUCGCAGGAAUGCAGCAAGCGAAUGCGACCACCCAGACGGCACAGAUGAUGUCUGGCCAACCAGGAUAUCAGCAACCGCAGAUGAACGCGCAGUAUGCGCGACAGGCCGCUGAAUAUGGUGACGAGGCUUCAGGAUUUUCUCUUGGCUACGAGCUGCACGCAUACCUGGGCAAACUGGCAGAGGCGGAGCGGUCCUCUUCCAUGGCUGAAAAGCAUUACUCUGCGGCUCUGGCCUCCAAGGCCGGUGACGAGACAGCCAUGCUGGGUCUUGCCCGUGUGCUGCACGGGAAGGACAAGGCACAGGCGCGGCGACUCUACGAAGAGGUCGUGUCGAGGCAUCCGGACAGUGCCGAAGGGCACAGGCGCCUGGCUGAACUUCACCUUGAGGCCGAUGAGGCUCUCGAAGCUUAUCGGCUAGCUGCACAGGCAGCCAAGCUCGCACCGAGGGACGUUUCAGCUCAUUUGUGCCUGGGGUACGCGAGCCUGAAGCUGGGAAGGGCAGAUGAGGCAGCUCGCUCUUUCGAGCAGGCAGCCGUGUUGCAGCCCAGUGCACUCGACGUCCCGGCCAUGGUGGCUCUGGCAUCCCUCUACCGAAAAGCUGGUCGAGAUGAGGAGGCAAUUACUUACUACAAGCGGGUGCUCGAUAUGCGGCCUGGUGAUUACGAGUGCACUUUGAGUUUGGCGAACAUCCACGCCGACAGAGGGGUCAACGGGGCAAGCCAGGCGUUACACUACUUUCGAGCAGCCUUGCAGUGCAGGCCGACCACAGUUGACAGUCGAAGCAUCUAUCUGCAGAUGGCGGCCGUGCAGAUCGCGAUCAACUCCUGGAAGGAUGCACAGCAAACCCUGGAAAGCGCGGUCCGCGAACACCCGGAUGAUGCAGAGAUUUUUCGACAACUGCUCUCAAUCUAUGAGCAGCUCAAAGACUCGAAGGGGCAGUACUACUGUCACCGCCGGCUUGUGCAGCUUGGCGCUGCAACGCCGGCCACGCAGACUUCGUAUGCAGCUCUGCUGCUGUCAGAAGAUCGGGUGCGUGAAGCCCGGGAGCAGCUCAGUCAGGUCAUCAAGCUGGAGCCAACAAACCUCGCGGCGCUGCUCAAGCUGGCGCAUUGCCACCGACAGGAAUCUCGAGAAAGCAACUUGGAAGAAGCACGAAAGCUCUAUGAGCAGGUGCUACACAUCAGCCCGUCCAACUCGGAGGCGCUGGAGGGUGCAGCAUUUUGUGCUCGGAAAGGAAAUCAACUCGAUCAGGCUGUUCAAUUUUACCAGCAGUGUCUGAAGGUGAAUGCGACUGCGGAAGGCCCACUCUACUACCUCGGCGACAUCCUUUACCGACAGCACCGCCAUGCAGAGUGUCAGUUCUAUCUGUCGAGGCUGGUGGAGACAAAUUGUGCGACAGACUACAAGACCGGAGCCUUGUACCUGUUGGCAAAGUCGUACGUAUCACUGGACGAGUAUGAGGAGGCAGAGAAGCAAGCCCGGCUUGGUCUCGCACUGAAACCGAAUCACCCGCAUUUUCUGUUCAUCCUGGCGUUGGUCAAGAAUCGAAUGGCCGAUUUCGACUCUUCGAUUGCCACAUUGAAAAAAGCCUUCCUGCACCUGAGCUCCGCGGAUAGCGACAACCUGAAGAUUGAAAUCCACGACUGGCUGGCCCAGGCGUACGAGCGGAAGGGUGAGUACACGAACGCUUUGGCAGAGCUCUCCCUGGCCUUGAAGCAGGAGCCAUCGCAUGUUUCCUCUCUUAUCACGCAGGGUCUCAUCCACAUGCAGAUGAAGGAACUGGAGCAGGCUGAGACCUCUUAUCGGAAAGCCCUGGCGGUUGAAAAGAAUCAUGCACUUGCUUUGGUUCGCCUCGGCUACUGCAAGCUCUUGGCAGCGGACCUGCAGGAGGCGAUUCUGCUAUUCCAGCGUGCUUUGCAGCAGCGAUGCGGCACUGUUGCUCUGCCUCGUUCUGUCAAAGGGUCAGCCCGGAUCUACAUGGCAUUGGCCAUGAUGGGGCAACAGGACAUGGACGGCGCUCUGUACCAGCUUGCAGAAGCUCGCAAAAAUCACAGGAACUUCGAAAAUCUCUGCAGCUCCGGGAAAGACAGCAUCGUCAAAGGUGAGUGUGAAGGUCUUGUUGGCAAGCUUCGUUCCAUGUCGGACCUGGACGUCACCCUUGCGCAGGCAUGGCAGUUGGUUGAGCUGAUGGCAAAGGAGUUGGAAAUGGGCCUUCGAGAUUCGUCGGCAGGAAAGGGCAGCUCGCCAGAGUCGGGGCAGAGUCCUGCGAGAGAUCAGUUCGCUGCUUCUUCACCAGAGAGCCAGGCAAAGAAAGUAAAAGGUGAAGCUACGUCGUCUCCGGCCACAGAUCGUCGUGCUUGGGUAUCCAAUCAGACGUCCGCGGAGGCAGCCGGACCCGGGCCUGAGAGACGUGCAUGGAUUUCUGCGACCGAAGCAAAGGAUGCUCGAAGUACCGGCCAGUUAGAUCAAGGAGGCAAGAUCCUGCUAGCGAAGCACGAGAUGAUUGAUUUUGCGAAGCUGACGCAGAAGGAUUGCCUGGGAUCCGGUGGUUUCGGAGCUGUUUAUCGAGGGUAUUUUGGAACUCGCGAGGUGGCAAUCAAGAAGUUGUUCUGUGAGGAUGGAGGCAACAUUUCACCGCUGCAGCUGGAGGAACUGGAGAAGGAGGUAGUUGCGCUUCGAAGUCUGAGCCAUCCACGGCUGGUGGGCUUCAUUGGAGCGUGCUUGCAGCCGCCGAACUUGUGCAUCGUCACAGAGUUCAUGCCGGGCGGAUCAUUGCACCAUCUCCUGCACAAGGCCCGUACUCCGCUGACUUUGGGGACACAAUCCAAAAUCGCAAUUCAGGUUUGUGAGGGUGUCGAUUUUCUUCACGGCCACGCGCCUCCUGUGGUGCACCGGGACCUCAAAUCGCUCAACAUCGUGCUGGACCGAAUCUACAACGCCAAGAUCUGUGAUUUCGGCUUGACUCAGUCGAUGGAGAAGACUCACAUUACUCUGAAGGAAGGCGGUAAUGGCGGCUCCCCGCGAUACAUGGCGCCAGAAUGCUACGACUGCAAAGGAAAGAUUACUGAGAAGGUGGACGUCUGGGCAUUGGGUUGCAUUUUGGUGGAGGUGUUCGGUGGCCCACUGCCAUACGACGAUUGCUCAAACAUCCAGCAGAUUGUCGCAAAGGUGCUGAUUGAUAAGCAACUGCCGUACAUCCCACAUCAUCUUCCUGCCGGGUUGCGCCCCAUCGUCGAGGAUUGCUUUCAGUUCGAUUUUAAACAGAGGGCAUCUGCCCAAGAUGUGUUCUCCCGGAUGAAAUUGCUGGGACUGCCAGGAUAG